AUGCCGUGGUUCCAGUGCGAGGACUGCGGCGACACGCUGAAGAAGCCAAAGGUCAAAGGCCACGCGUCGGGAUGCAGCGCGUCGCGAUUCUCGUGCGUCGAUUGCCUCCAAGUCUUCGAUAGAUGGAGCGUGCAGCAACACACGUCGUGCGUGACCGAGCACGAGAAGUACGCGCUCUCGAUCACGAAACCCGGGCAGGAACACUUGAUGCACGCCUCCGCGGCGGCGAGCGGCGGCGGCGGCGGCGGCGGCGCGGGCGGCGGCGGGAACGGCGGCGGCGUCGUCGGCGAGUCCUUUCUCGCGACGAAACCGCCGUGGGAUUGCGCGUGCUGCCGCGUGAAGUGCACGUCCCAGGAGACGUUGCUGGGGCACGCCGCGGGGAAGAGGCACAGGAGUAAGGCGAGAGGCGCGCUCGCGAAGCAAGGGUUGGGGUUGGACGGGAAGCCGUUGCCGGUCGAGGGUGGGGACGACGGCGCGGGGAAGGGCGGCGGCGGCGGCGGCGGCGAGGCGGAGGAGGAGGAGAAGGAGGCGCCCGUCGAGGAGAAGAGAGAGAAGAAAGAGAAGAGAGAGAAGAAAGAGAAGAAGGAGAAGAAGGAGAAGAAGGAGAAGAAAGAGAAGAAGGAGAAGCGCGACCGGGGCGGGGACGCGGAGGAGAAGAAAGAGAAGAAGCGGAAGAAGGAGAAGUGA